AUGCCUUACCCUGAUCAUGAGUUGAUUUCUACUUCAAAUGAUCGUUUGAUUACUGAAGAGCUGGAUUAUGACAUAAUUGGUCUUCAAGAGGAGUUUGAGAAUCUUUUAGUUUCAUUAACUGGUGAACAAAGAUUUAUUUAUAAUGAUAUCAUGAAAGCCGUUGAAGACAACAAAGGUGGUGUUUGUUUGUUUACGGUUAUGGAGGUACCGGCAAAACAUUUCUUUGGAAAACGAGGUAGAACAACUCACUCUCAAUUUCUCAUUCUGAUAAAUCUGAAUGAAGACUCAAUUUGUCCUAUAAUCCCCAACAGUGAUGUUGCAAAUCUAUUAAAGAAAACAUCAUUGAUUAUAUGGGAAGAAGCACUAAUGAUACACAGACAUGGUUUUGAAGCUUUGGAUAGAACUCUAAAAGACAUAUUGAAAUGUGAUGGUUCUGAUAAUUCCGAAAGGCCAUUUGGAGGUAAACCAAUCAUAUUUGGUGGAGAUUUCAGACAAACUCUUCAUGUCAUUCAAGGUGGUAGUAGACAAGAUAUUGUUAAUGCUUUGUUGACUUCUUCCUACAUAUGGCACACAUGCAAAGUACUCACUUUAACCAAGAACAUGAGAUUGACUGUAGGAAAUGGAAUGCAUGAUGUCGAGCAAAGACAAAUCUUUGCUCAGUGGUUGUUAGAUUUGGGUGAAGGGAAACUAGGCGGAUGUAACGAUGGUGAUGCGAUUAUAGACAUACCCGAUGAGCUUUUAAUCAUGGAUUCCGCUGAUCCUAUUUCAAGUCUUAUACAUUUUGUUUAUCCCUCUAUUCUUGCAAAUUACCAAAAUUCCGGCUUUUACCAAGAAAGAGCCAUUCUUGCACCGACGAAUGAAGUCGUUGACAAAAUUAAUUCUCAGUUAUUAUUGAUGUUCCCAGGAGAUUGCAAGGAAUAUUUAAGUUCGGAUAGUAUUUGUGAGACAAAAAAUCUACAGGAUGGUUUUGACCAAAGUUUAUACUCUCCCGACGUACUAAAUGGGCUUAAAAUCUCAGGUGUUCCAAAUCACAAAUUAGUACUAAAGGUCGGUGUUCCCGUCAUGCUCAUGCGAAAUAUUGAUCAAAAAAAUGGAUUGUGCAACGGAACUCGCUUAAAGGUAAUAUCACUUGGAAAGCGCGUUAUUGAAGCAGAGGUGAUAUCUGGAAGCAACAUUGGUGCUCGAACUUUUAUUCCUAGAAUUGGUAUAAUACCCUCAGAUAAGAAGCUUAGUAGACUUCUAGAAUUCAAAGAACAAUUCAUCACCGAAGCUGAUAUUGCAACCCUUCAAAUAAGCAGACCAAUCAACAAAACCAUAACGGAAGCCAUUGCUAUGUUUCUCAGAUCUCGUCAUUAA